UAUAAGGCGCUUACACCAUACAUUGAAAUUUUUUACUAAUAAUUUUUUCAGCUAAAUUUAUAAAAUUAAUUAAGAAAUACCUGAUAGUACUUAGAUUUGCCAUUGUUUGCUGUAUAUUUUAAAUUAUAAUUGAAAGAAGUUAUUUACAUUUGUAGUAAGUAGUAUGACAGGGAUUGUAGAUACUGAGGCGUGGAGGGAGUUUUUCUCCGUGCUACAAACCUUGCCGGAGCUUUGGAAGAUCAAAGCGGAUGUCUUUAAAGACAAACAUAAGAAAAAAAUUGCAUUUUCAAAACUAUUGGAAGUAUACAAGUCCAUAGACGGCAACGCGAAUGAAGACACCGUGAAAAAAAGACUUCAAAAUAUAAGAAGCUGCUACCGCAGAGAGUGUAAAAAAGUCGAGAGGAGCCGAAAAUCUGGAGCUGGCGUCGAGGAGGAGUAUGUACUAACGUUAUGGUACUUUGAUCUAGUUGAGUUCUUGAGGGAUCAAGAAAUCCAGUUGAGUGGUACGUCUACCGUCGACUUGGAUGAUGGAGAUCUUGAGUUACCAACGGAAACUCAUGAGCCGGGGCCCAGCCGCAAAAGGAGAAGAACUAAUGAUGAGCACCUAGAGGAGAGGAAUGCGCUACUUAAAGACGCGCUGGCCCAGUUGGCAUCCUCAGAAAAGCCUAAAGAUGAUGCCAGCACACAUUCUGAAAGUUGGCCAGUUUCACUUAGGGAGCUUGCGCCGCUCCAACAAAUAUAUGCCAAAAAAGCGAUACAAGACAUUUUCACGCAGGGCAAUUGGGAGCUCUACGGUUGA